GCCUCUUCCCGCCUGAUGAUUCGCCUUUGCCAGUCUCAUCCCGAGUCUGCUUUGUUAAGUUCCAUGAUCCGGACUCAGCAGUUGUGGCACAGCAUCUGACAAACACUGUAUUCGUUGACAGAGCUUUGAUAGUCGUACCAUAUGCAGAAGGUUUGUGCUUUGUUUAACUACCUAUGUGGGCAUCCUAUGAUGACCAUCUACCUCAGUGUAGUUUUAGAGUGAGCAUUAGUAGCAUGUUAAAAAUCUAAGCUAUUAACAUUUUGAAACCCUUGUUAUACUGUGGUCCAUAUUUUUACUUGAAGGCUUUCUUUUUAACUUAAAAACUCAAAAUCAGGUCUGUUUUUAUAAGAUAUUUAACCUUUUGCAUUAUUUUAAAGUAUUUUUAAGUUCAUUAAAACCAUAUCCCUAAUAUCUACUUAGUUAAUUUAAUGUUGUUUUAUGAAAAUGUCCUGAAGGUGAACAGUUCACGCCAUGCACAUUUACACAGAAACCUUCAAAUAAAUGCAUGAUGUUGUUUCUGUUUUGAAUAAAUGUGACCAGGUUGGUUUUAUUCCUUAGUGAUUCCUCUUAGUGAUUCUUCUCACUGAUAACUUUAAAAAAUAUAUCCCACAUUGAAUUUCAGUAUACCAAGGGUCGCAAUGAUUUUGGUUUUUAUGAAAGUUCAAGAUUUCCUAUAGCUUAGGUGCCAGAUGGGCACUGGGUGUUUUGUUUUUAUGCCAGAUUUUCUUGUUCAUUCUUGCUAUAUUUUCUAGAAUAUCUCUAAAUAAUAAAUUCUUCUCUCUGUUAUUUGUGUGUGUGAUUUUUGUAGUGGAGAAGGCAAAUGCAAAACUCUUCCAGAUGACUGAAAAACAGUGGGUCCUCUGCAGCUACAGGGGAUUCUAGACAUUAACUAAAGGCCAGCAAGCACUCAAGUCCCCCAGGUGUUUUCCUGGUGUAACCAUUUGUUAACUACAUUUUUCUCUCUUUUUACAUUUUAGGCUGUUAAAGUAAUUUGGCAGAAAAAUAAUGAGCAGGGUUUUUGGAUCUAAAAAAGCCACUGUGACAAGACAGCACUCUAUUAAUUCCAUUUUGUAAAAUUUUCUAAGACAUAUAUUAGUUUGUUCCCAAUGUACUGCUACUUUAUUUGCUUUUUGGUAACUAUAAAUUUGAGUCAAAGAAGUCACUGAAAUAUGUUACAACUACUGGAUUUUAUUAACAUAUAUGCUGACCAAGAUAUAAAUGCUUUCCCCUUUCCUUAGUGAACUGGUCAGUGGAAGCAGAAUCUUGAUAUUGUUAACUUUAGAUGCUAUCUUAGAUCUUUGAAUACCGAUGUGAACAUUUACACCAUUCCUUGUAAAAGUUGUGAAAUGUCUAGUCCUUAAAACUUAGAAAAAUUGCCUCUGUGGUUUUCUAAAGAAAUUAAAUUGCAUUCAUAGUUGGGUUAAGGCAUGCUAUAUAAUAACAGUAAAUCUAUGUCCGUGAUAUUAAAGUGUAUGAGCCCAAUUCUAAGGUUUUAAAAUAUAUAUAUGCUGAUAAACUUAUGAGUUAGUAUGUUUUGAUUAAGCAUUUUCUUUUAUAUCAGUGUGCCUGUUGUAGGAUAAGACUUAUCACCAAGAGAAAAUUUACAGAAUUCAAAUUUAGGAUAAGUAAAAUGUAGAACAUAGCUUUUGGAACAAGGGUCAAAUCAUGUGAGUAAUUUACAAAACAUUAGUUAGCCUUUUAAUUUAAAGAAUUCUUAUUGGCUAAGUAUUAUAGUUCCCAAGCCCUGAACAUAAUACAGUAUAUCAUAUAACUGGCUUUCAUAAAUAUUUUUAGACCAUAAUAAUUUUUCUGGAUCUGUUUUGAAAGUGAAAUAUUUAGAGAGUACAUAUAUAGAAUUACAGAAAUAUUUAGUUCCAGAAUCUAUUAGUGUAUUACUGUAAUUUUUGGUAUGGUAUGCUGUAUUAAUGUUAUGUCCACUAAAUAUCUGAUGUACUCAAUCCCUUUGUCACCAUUCACCCUGGCUUUAGCUCUUAAGCUUUGGUGUUGGUUCUUGGUCAGUGUUUUAGAACAAUAGACACAAAGUCUACGGUAAGGAAUAGUCUUAACUGGUAAAACUGAGAUAGCUGGAUUUGGAAGGAACUCUUAAUAGUAAUGGAUUUGGGGAUUAUUUAGGUUCCUUGGUUAAUGUUUGUUUCUUUUGUCUGUUUCUUUUUCUUUCGUUUCUACACAUUCAUGCAGUAUUUCAUGGUUCUAUCAAAGCAGCAGUAAAAAAAAAUACUCUUGACGCAUGAAAAUUAACUGUUCUUUUCCCUGGUUCAGCCUGAACUAUAUACCAGGCCCUGCUGAAAAUACCACCCAACAGUUUUCUUCUGCAGCUUAUCCAGUUUCUCUUAAGUGCCCUGUACAUAUUGUAUGUUUUAUGAUGAGAUGCAGUUUCUUAAUAUGUAUUACAGAAAUACUACUGGUAUUUGCAAAUAUGUAGUUUAAUUGUAUUAUUGAACUCUCAUUUUGGGGGCUUGGGCACAUUAACAGAUUAAUCCAUCUGUAUAGGGCUUUUGCUGUUGGAUAGAAUUUAAAUUGUCUACAUAAAUAUUUGUCUUAGGGCCCUUAGAUUUUAUCUGAAUACACAGAUUAGGCUUUAAAAACAGACAUACAUGUUGUUUUUGGCUUUAGGAGUUUGGCUAAGCUAGCUUUUCAACUGACACUAUGUAGCAGCAUUUUUGGUAUGGUUAGCAUGGCACAUGUUGGAACAUAAGGCAUUUUACUAUACAGGUAAGGAAUGUGCCAUGUUGUUUUACUUAUUCUCUCUCUCUUUCUCUCUCACUCACUCCCACACACACAUCCUGUGUGUAUUCAGAGACCUUCAGAAACAUUCAUUUUCAUGAGUCAGCAAAAGCCCUACGCUUGAUUCCAACAGAAUAUUUCCUUUACAUACUUUUCUUCUCUUAAUUUUUACAAAAUUUGUAUGGUAGGUGUAAAAGAAAAUCAUAGUAACUGUACCAUAUUAUUAACCCCUAAAUCAAACUUUUUUUGUCUUGUGUAUCUUGAUUUUUCUGUGUGCUUUAUAGUGAAGCAGCCGACACGAGUCGUUGUUCAUAAAACAGCUUUUGAAAGUUGAGAGCACACCCCUGGAGAACCGACUGUGCUUGCUUACGUUUGGUUCAUGACUUAAAAAUCGAGUACAGGAGUUAUUCCUGAUGAGACUAAGGCUUUGUCUCUGUUGGCACCAGCUAACGCAGUGGCAGGUCUUCUGCCUGGUGGUGGACUCCUGCCUACUCCUAACCCACUUACCCAGAUUGGCGCUGUUCCAUUGGCUGCUUUGGGAGCUCCUACUCUUGAUCCUGCCCUUGCUGCACUUGGGCUUCCUGGAGCAAACUUGAACUCUCAGUCUCUUGCAGCAGAUCAGUUGCUGAAACUUAUGAGUACUGUUGAUCCCAAGUUGAAUCAUGUAGCUGCUGGUCUUGUUUCACCAAGUCUGAAAUCAGAUACCUCUAGUAAAGAAAUAGAGGAAGCCAUGAAGAGAGUACGAGAAGCACAGUCCCUAAUUUCUGCUGCUAUAGAACCAGAUAAGAAGGAAGAAAAACGAAGGCACUCGAGAUCAAGAUCACGUUCUAGGAGGAGGAGGACUCCCUCAUCUUCUAGGCACAGGCGGUCAAGAAGCAGAUCAAGAAGGCGAUCACAUUCUAAGUCAAGGAGUAGACGACGAUCCAAAAGUCCAAGACGGAGAAGAUCUCAUUCCAGAGAGAGGGGUAGAAGGUCAAGGAGCACAUCAAAAAACAGAGACAAAAAGAAAGAAGACAAAGAAAAGAAGCGUUCCAAAACACCACCAAAAAGUUACAGCACAGCCAGACGUUCCAGAAGUGCAAGCAGUUUGCACAUUUGUGGUUCUAGAGAGAGACGACGACGAAGAAGCAGAAGUGGCACAAGAUCUCCUAAAAAGCCUAGGUCUCCCAAAAGAAAAUUGUCUCGCUCACCAUCACCUAGGAGACAUAAAAAGGAGAAGAAGAAAGAUAAAGACAAGGAAAGAAGCAGAGAUGAAAGAGAACGAUCCACAAGCAAGAAGAAGAAAAGUAAAGAUAAGGAAAAGGAACGGGAAAGAAAAUCAGAGAGUGAUAAAGAUGUAAAACAGGUUACACGGGACUAUGAUGAAGAGGAGCAGGGGUAUGACAGCGAGAAAGAGAAGAAAGAGGAGAAGAAACUGACAGAGCCAGCUUCUCCUAAAGCAAAAGAGUGUUCUGUGGAAAAGGGAACUGGUGACUCACUAAGAGAAUCCAAAGUGAAUGGCGAUGAUCAUCAUGAAGAAGACAUGGAUAUGAGUGACUGAAUAUUGCCUCUGUGGGAAUCCAACUGUAUACGUGCAUCAGUGUCAUUCCUCUGUGUGAUUCCUUAAUGCUGUAUUUGUUCAUCUCAAAUCUAGAUGUAUACAGCUCUGAGUCAUAAAUGGUUAUAAAGCUCUUGAUGUUGAUAUUUGUUAUUUACAUCCAAAAGCUUUUAGAAAAAUGAUACAUGGGUAACCAGUUAUUGACAGGUUGAAAUCUGAUUGAGUAAACAAGCAGUUUUACUAUUCUGGUGCUGCUUCAUAACAAAAAUGAAAAGCUGCAUGCAUCUACAGCAGGCAUGGAUUGUUUAUGUUGUAUGAUCUCCUUUAUUAAGUUCACUUAUAGUAUUUCUAGAAUUUGAUUCAUUGCCGUAAUAGAGCCAUGUAGGGAAUGCACUGAUUGCAUGUUAAUUGUGGCAGGAAUAUCCUAAAUGUCAUUCAAAUCCUCCAACAUGAUGGAUCUACUUAUGGUCUUGUUUGUUGACAUGACAAAUUAACAUUCUUAUAGUUACAUCUGGAAAUGAGCAUUUGAAAUAGAUAAUCCUUUAAGCCUUGUGGCUAAAUUUUUGUGGCUUUUGUUUAACUUUGAAGGGUUAUAUAUGCACUAACCUUUUUUGAUGGCUAUAAUUAGGCUUUAAUUACAGAAACAAGAUUUCAAUGAAACUGUCUUUGGCAGUAAGUAAAUAGCAUAUUUUGGAGUAGAGUUGUAUACUUUUUCAUAAGGUGUUUGGGAAUUUUUUUUCCUAAAAUAAUUUAUUGAACAUCUGCAUCAGUGAAAGUUAUCUGCCUAUCCUGAAGUCCAUCUGUAAAAGAAAGUUAUCUCUUGUCCUGAUUUUCAAUUGUCCACUCUUUUAUUAAUUUGUUUUAAUCUCGUUGUUGGAAAAGGGGGAUAGUGCAUUUUAAAUUGACCUUCAUAUGCUUUUAAAAAUAAGACAGAUCUACUUGAUAAUGUACUUUUUAUUUGAUCUCAAGUUGUAUAAAACCAAUAAAUUUUGUGUUACUGUUACUGCAGUAGUAAUCUUAUGCACACAGUGAUUCCAUGUUAAAUGCAAAGUAGUUAGGCAACUGUUUUCUUACAGGAGUUUCCAAGCUUCACUUUUGUGCAGUAAAAACAAAAGUAGGCUACAGUCUGUGCCAUGUUGAUGUACAGUUUCUGAAAUUGUUUUACAAGACUUUGAUAAUAAAACCCUUAAACUUA